UCCUCUCUUUCACUGUUGUCAUGGGUGACUGGGCCAAGGUCAAGCAUAGACUCUUCUGUUUUGCGAAAAAAAAACACCGCUGUGUUUAGGAACUAGUUCAGCUUGUUCGUUUCUUUGGAGGUUUAAGACUUUGUAAAUGUUACUGGAAGUGCAAGCUCCAGUGUGAGUGUGGUAGCCCGUGUAAAGUUGAAGGAAAGGGUUAAAUCUAGAGCUCAGUCUAAUUCACUUUGUAAUUAAUGACAUUGGUGCUCUCAGUCCUGUCUCUCAGGAUGUGAGAAUGAAUGACGUUCAUUCCCCUGAAUUAUGUUAUAGCUGACCUGUUUGAACCAGUUUAAAUGUAAAAAACCAGAAUCCAACUUGGCUCAAGAACCUGUGUUGAAAUAAUGCCUUGCUGCUUAAUCUGAAACUGUUCAUACAGCCCAUGUGUUCCAAACUUAUUUGAAUGAAAAAAGUGACAAAUAUAACUUUAAUGCAAACAAAUGGUUCAUUUAUUUUAUUUUUACCAAUGACAAUGACAGCUUUCACACGCAAACCCCAGCGUGACCGUCCUAGCUGUUGGUAUCUGAGGGCUGCAUGCGUGUGUGUAUGCGCACUGUCGAGCCACGGAAUGGGGAGGCUCCACAGAAGCCUCAUUCCCCCAACUCCAGCAAACACUUCUUUUGUUUUGAUUUUAUUUUCCCUUUAACUUGACCUGGACUGUGACACAUGGACCCAGCCUCCCCCCCGGGUCGGCUCUUGCUUAUUCUGCUAAUGGAUUUUAGUGUGGAGUGGAGCGGGGGUGGGGUUACGGCCGCGACACGCUCUGUGUGCGCCCAGGUUCUCGGCCCGCCCCGGCUUUUUACGACGGGCCUGAGCGCUGAAGUGGCUCCUCUUCCCCUGCGGAGGCUGGUUCAUGCGGAGGUCACGGCGGAUGCUGUAAAUGGGGCCGGAGGAAUAGGGUUCCUUUUGUGCCCCUUAGGAGACCCCCGUCCCACCCCCACGUACAGUAUCACGCACAAGCUGUGCUGCAUUCUGGGAACAUGUUGCGAAAGACCCCACUAACUGAAAAGGAUUAAUUCCUGUUUCACAGCUUGGUUUAAAAAAUGCAUUUUUAAAAGACAUUUCCUGAGAACUGCACUGGCAGUUCUGUUUUCUUUCUGUAAUGCAGUGUAAACAAUCCAUAAACUGUUAUAUCUAGAAUGAUCACUGCUGUUUCCGAAAAGACAGAUAGUUUGGGAUCAUUUUGUCCAAAUAGAGGUAACAGACGUGCCUACCAACUAGAAUUUGCAGUCCUUUCACAAAACUGAGUGAAUGUGAAUGAGCCUCCAGCACCUGUGGAGAGAAGAGGUAAGGGUCACUCUGUCCCUAAUUUCAGCUCUAUAACGGAUCAGAUCUGCCGGGCAGGCAUAUUAGCCCUCCCGUUCUGCCCUGUGAGGUCAUCGUUGUGGUUGUUGUUACAGGUGGAGAGGCCGCUGGGUAAGGAAAACAGCGGAUUUCACAUGAAAUAAAAACAGCGGAACGGCGCAGGGCAUGUUGGGGGAGGUUAGCCAGAGGAAAAUUGAAGUGCUUGUUAAGAGAGAGGCAGCUUUCUGUUCCUUCCGGUUAAUUACGGCACUGUUGGCUAACACAUGGGCUCUCCCUUGAGGAGCACUCAAUAAAACACAUUAAACCAAAUGGUUCCACUGACUUUUUUGAGGAGAUGAGUCCCCAAAUAAGGACCCGUCCUUAUUUUGAGGUUGAACCUGCGGCCUGGAGGUUUGCAGACUCAAACCGGACGGGUCAUGCUUUCUCUUUCCUUUCUGAGCAUGCUGACCUGAAAGCAUCCUGAUGUGUGUAUCUUCGCAAAAAUGGAAACCCGAGCCGAACCCAAGCCCCCUGAUAAGUGUAUCCGUGAAACUAAACAACAGAAAAUCCCAGGUGCCAAUUUGUGGAAAUGUACCAGAAUUGAUGGAAUUGCAUUCUGAUCUCUCGUGUUGUUCACAGAGCAAGUUCAUUGCCUUAAGUGAAAAGUGGAUGUAAGGGAAACAGGACGUGUGGAAGGUUGUUUUUCCACUGUGUCCUGGGCUCUUCUGGAAGUGUCCCCCACCUCACACGUCGGCUGUAGUUCAGGAUUCAAGAUCUGCCCUCCCAUCGGGAGAGAGGUGGGGUUACUGGGCUGGAGCUGAUGGGUUUAUAGAGACUGGCACAGUCAGUCUCGCCCCCCUGGUCUAGACGGUGCAUUCUGGGGGAGAGGCCCCCUCCACUCCAGUAGGGUGCGCUCUAGCCACAUAACCCUCCAUCGGGCAUGAUUGGCCUUCCAGAACAUUCACGAUGUGAUGUAAGGGUGGGCGCAUGUUGUCUGUGCUCUGUACAUCCCGGAGGUGGAGUUCGCCAACGUGUCAACCAUGGAGCCUAUAGUCCUGCAGUCUGUCCCCCACGAACGCUACAACAAGACGUGCUACAUAUGCGAGGAGCAAGGACGCGAGAGCAAGGCUGCCUCUGGGGCCUGCAUGACCUGCAACCGGCAUGGCUGCCGGCAGGCCUUCCACGUCACCUGUGCCCAGUUCGCUGGGCUGCUGUGUGAAGAACAGGGUUCAGAUGCAGACAAUGUCAAAUACUGUGGAUACUGCAAAUACCAUUACAGCAAACUGAAGCACAAGGAGAGGGACAAACAUAAACCGCGUCACAAAAGGUCCUCAGAGCCCCCCUCAUCCAUCACCGCAGCCUUGACCGUCUCCACGGAGAAGCAGAGCUACAGCAGCAGCAGCAGUGCAGGCUCCGUGUCGGUGUGUGUGUCUCAGAAGCGUCAGGAGGACGGCAGUGCAGGGCGCUUCACUAACGCUAACUUCCAGGAGGUGCCCAGCCACCCGGGCGGCACGGCCAAGGAUGGCACGCCCGCGGAGGGAAAGAGCUCCGAGGGCAAGGGCAAGAGGGCCAGUGGACACAGCUCAGGCCAGAGGGGGCGCAAGUCUGCCCCCGGGAAACCCCCCCUGACCGCUGCAGUCUCAGCAGCGCCCCCUACUGCUGCCGCGCCUUCCAGCAGCCCGUUUCAGCAAGGUGUGCAUUUGGGUCUGAAGUCUUCCUCCAGCGCGGCGGCGGUGCAGCCCGUGGCCGAGUUCCUGGCCUUCUCGGAGUCGGACCCGCGCAAUGACUCCUACGCGCAGCCCUCGUUCGCCCGCGGCCCGGCCAAGCCUGUCGGAGAGGGAGGAGCCCCCGAGGGAGCCCCGCCCCUGAGCGCCGCGGGGCCCGCCAUGUCCCUCCCGCCGGCCCCCGCCGCCUCCGGCAGCAAGCCCGCCGAGAACUCUCGCUCGGGCGCCUCCUCCGCCGGCUACAAGCGCUCCUCCUCCUCCUCCUCUUCCUCGGCCGCCCAGCCGGGCGAGGACGGGGCCAAGGUGAAGAAGAAGCGGGGGAAGUGGAGGAACCGCUACGGGCCCUGCUGGUCCCUGGACCCCUCCACGCAGCCCGAGCUGCCCGGCCUGCUGCCCCAGCCCCCCGCCCCCAGCCUCCCCUCCAGCGGCGGCCCCUCCCUCCUCAGGAACGCAAGUUUACAGAGCCACAGCAUCAGCUCCUCUCCCGCUGCACCAGGUUCCUUCUCCAGCAGUGACGCCCUGGCGCCUCAGAGCGGCGUAGCAAGCAGCGCUAGUGGAACUCUGGGCAGCGCAGAGUUACCCCAGCAGACUCCGGCCGGCCCCGCCCUGCCCAGCACCGUCUGCUCCCACUCCAAUUCGUUGCCCGGAUCAUCCUUCAGCCUGGGCCCCUCCCACAUGUUCGGGAACCGGCUGAACCCCAACUCCUCCAUGGCGUCCCUGUUCACCCAGCCCGAGAGCUCCCCCGCAGAACCGGACCUGGGCUUCUCCACGUCAGGAGCUUCACCAAAACCCAACCUCUCCCCUCGGUCCCCCGUGAGUGGCCUGCAGAUCCGCUAUGACCCACCAGGCGCUGGUGUCCUGGGUCCCACCGCCAACGGCCCCGGCUCGGCCCCCCCGCUGGCCACCAGCAUCGAGCAGCUCCUGGAGAGGCAGUGGAACGAGGGCCAGCAGUUUCUCCUCCAGCAGGGGACCUCUGGGGACCUGCUGGGCAUGCUGAAGUCGCUGCACCAGCUGCAGGUGGAGAACAGGAGGCUGGAGGAUCAGAUCCGGACUCUGACGCUGAAGAAGGAGCGUCUGCAGCUCCUGAGCGCCCAGCUCUCCGUGCCCUUCCCCCCCGCCAGCUCCACCUACACCUCCACCGGGUCCUCGUCCUCCUCCCCCCGACCACUGCCCUCCAGCACACACACGGAUGUGUUGACCAGUGGCAAAAGUCCACAGCUGGGCAGCAGCUUCUUAGCAGACUCUACUCUCCCUCUGCCCGUGCAGGACCCCUCCGGAGGAGGAGGACACAGCAGCAGCGCCUCCUCCCUCUCCACGCCGCCCUCCCUGGGGCACGGCUCCCCGCAGCCCGGCCCUCAGCCGCUCCAGGUGAACGGGGUGCAGGCCGCGCCCCCGGCCUCCCUCCCCGCCCUGCCGGGGGUCACGGGGCUGAUGGGGGCCAUCCAGGGCAGCCAGCUGGCCAUGAACGGCAUUGUUGGGGCCCUGAAUGGCGUGAUUCAGACCUCCCCCAGUCUGAACGCCCCCCCCCUCCCCCACCCCGCCAGCAUGGCCGGGGCCCUCACCCUGCCCAGCUCACUCAGCAACAGCGCCACACCUGCAAAGACCAGCACGGCGGGCCUGGGACUGAUCUCAGAACAGCAGAGACAGUUCCUCCUGCACCAGCAUCAGCUCCAGCAACUCUUCUCCAGUCCGGAGCAGCAGUCUCUUCUCUACCAGCUCAUGCAGCAGCAGAAUCUCUCUUCCUCUCAGCUGCCAAUCAGCAGCCUGCUCCCCGCCGCCCAGGGCGCCAUUACCGCCAACCCUUUCCUGGCCGUGCACGCCGAGGCCGCGCAGAAAUCCGCCAGGCUGGUGGAGAAGGGUGGAAGUGUGGCUGGACAGGAGAAGAGCUGACUCCUCCCCUGAUCACCUCUCAGGGGGCGACCAUGUUGAGGCCGAGACCGGAGGUUCCAAACUGCUGGAAAUGGCCCUCACAGAAAGGCCCUCACAGAAAGACGUAGAGGAGCCCGAGUUGCACUGCACAGAAGCAGGAUUCUCACAGACCAGGGACUAACCGACUCUGAGAGAGGCACCGUGGAGAGGGAGGGACUGUGGGAACUCUGGAACCUUCAUCCGGCAGUGGUGAGGGGCAGAGGUUGGCUUGCGCCUUGCAGGAGUCUGCAUUUGAACUCCAGUGCAUUCUGGGAUUCUGCUUGGGGCUACCACAACCAAUCGAACCUGGUUUAAUCAGCCCCAAUGAACAUCUCGUGCCCAGUAGAGACGGCAGACGAAAAGAGAGAUAUUAGCUUCACAAUGCAGGACCACCGGGUCCUCCAGCUUCACUUGUCCUGAACCUUGGCCAAGCAAACUGAUCCUGGUACAGCGGAGGAAGAUGGCCGAGGGCCACAUUCAGGGGCCUGCUGCCACGGCCACUGUCCUGAGAGCAUUCUCUGGGCCUCACUCCGUCACAGACCCUGCCCGCAUCCUCUACCAAUCAGACAACACCUCAGCAUCGCUCUGCAGCUCUCACUGGACAAUCACACCUGUGUUUAGAUCCACUUUGCCUCUAUCCAAAGUGCAUUAGGCAUGUAGCAUUAGGUAUGUAGCAGUGCCACAGAAAGCUUCAUUUAUGUCAUCACCCGCAACGGGCACAAGAUUACGUAAACACACAGUUUUAUAUUUAUCAUUGAGGUCCUGUUUUUUUUUCCCAAUUGCUGUUUCAAUGGUGAUUUCAGAUGCAUUGAGCUUGGGUUGCUGAAUAUACAUUAUUUCAUGGGUUAAAUCUAUGGGACUUGAGGAUAAUCUGUAACUACUUUAAGGUUAUUGGUAGAGGCUCUAUGUAAGUUUUUGGAUAAGAUUGAAAUUGCACAGUUUUACCUCGUUUGUGUAAAUAUGCUUGUUUUUCUCCUUGGUGUUGUGAUGCCACCUCAGUUUUUGUUCCAGUAUUUCUCUCAGCCACAUGGGUAAUGACUGGACACAAAUUAUUUAUUUUUAAAUAUGCAGGGAAAUCUUUUUAGAAAUUUUGCGCCGUUUUCUUGACGGUGCUUAUUUUGUACUUUUUUGUUGUUUUUGGAAACGUUUCCCUUCUUUGUACAGCAUUUGACAAAUCUCAAAAAGUUUCUAUUUCAGAAUAGCACCAAAAUUGUUAUUUAUGUCUGAAGAAAAAUUUAAUGCGUGAUUUAUACAGCUUGUAGCAAGAAUCUGUUAUAUACGGAAUUACUUUGUAGUGUAAAGCAAUGGUUCCAAAAGUUGUAAAUUAAAGAUGAUUUACUGUACGUUAGCACUGUUGAGUUUGCUCUUUACACUGCAGGGUCAAACUUUCCUACCUCCUUCCUACUUGAAACUUGAACCCUUGGUGUCGUGUGUCUGCUUAAGUUUGAACAGUUCUGCUUUGAUCCCUGUCACUCUGGAUUUUACACUUUUGACUACUAAAGUACUAUGCGUACAGGACUGAAACUGCCAGGUCCUCAGAGUUUUUUUUAAUGAAAAACAGAAGCCCUUCAGAAGGCAAAUUCGGGUAUUUCUAAUAUUCUGUGACUUGCAGUCAAGGCUCCAAAUGUAAAAUGUACAUGAAAUGUGUUUAUUUUAGAAACCUAAAUUUUGGUUGCUAAAUAAAAUGUUUUCCAAGUUA